CCCAAGUGGUGAAACAGGAAGCAUCCUCCCGUCAGGAAGAAAUUCAAGGUGCCAUCCAGUAGCUUUGCCUCACGUCACUGAUCGCCCUUAGUCGGAAAUCUUGACUUGCAACUUUAGAGGGUGGGUCUCUGAAAGAAUUUCAGAGCUUACACAGAGAUGAGGUGUGUUGCUCUCUGAUGAGAACGAAGCCGACUGGAACGCUGGAAAUCUGCCUCUGACUGCUCCUCACAGGCAAGGGGCAUCUUUUGUGGGCUGAGAUUUCAGAAAAGGGAUGCUGUGAAAGCGAAGGCGAAACUUUUAUAUAUAUAUACAUAUAUAUAUACACACGUACAUACAUAUAUAGUACGUGAAUUCCUCCGCAGAAAUCUCUCAUUUAUACUCAAGAAUGUUUCAGACGUUUAAAGAAUGGUUUUGGUUGGAACGGUUCUGGCUUCCUCCAACAAUAAAGUGGUCAGAUCUUGAAGAUCAUGAUGGACUUGUCUUUGUAAAACCCUCUCAUUUGUACAUGACAAUUCCGUAUGCUUUCGUCUUGCUGGUUAUCAGACAUUUCUUUGAAAAGUUUAUCGCCAUGCCUCUAGCAAAAGUAUUUGGCAUUAAAGAGGAAGUUAGAAAGAAGAUUAUACCAAAUACCAUCUUAGAGAAUUUUUUCAAAUGUUCCACAAGGCAACCAUCUCAAGCUGAUAUUUAUGGACUGGCGAAGAAGUGUAACUUGACAGAGCGCCAGGUGGAAAGAUGGUUUAGGAGUCGGCGGAAUCAAGAGAGGCCUUGCAGGAUGAAAAGAUUCCAAGAAGCUUGCUGGAGAUUUACAUUUUACUUAAUAAUGACUGUUGCUGGAAUUGUAUUUCUUUAUGAUAAACCUUGGGUUUAUGACCUGUGGGAAGUGUGGAAUGGCUAUCCCAGGCAGCCCUUGCUGCCUUCUCAGUACUGGUACUACAUUUUGGAGAUGAGUUUUUAUUGGUCUCUGAUAUUUAGCUUUGGCUCUGAUGUCAAGAGGAAGGAUUUUCUAGCUCAUGUCAUCCACCACCUGGCUGCUAUUAGUUUGAUGAGCUUCUCUUGGUGUGCUAAUUAUAUCCGCAGCGGGACCCUCGUGAUGAUCGUGCAUGACGUGGCUGACAUUUGGCUGGAGUCUGCGAAGAUGUUUUCUUAUGCUGGAUGGAAGCAAACUUGUAACGCGCUGUUUUUCAUCUUCUCCGCCAUAUUUUUCAUCAGCCGCCUCAUUGUCUUUCCCUUCUGGAUUUUAUAUUGCACGCUGAUCCUUCCUCUGCACUACCUUGAGCCUUUCUUUUCAUACAUCUUCCUCAACCUCCAGCUCAUGGUCCUGCAAGCCCUUCACCUCUACUGGUGUUACUUCAUCCUGAAGAUGCUCAAAAGAUGUAUAUUCAUGAAGGACACCCACGAUGUGCGGAGUGAUGAUGAGGAUGGAUAUGGAGAGGACGAGGGAGAGGAGGAGGAGGAGGAGGAGGAAGAAGCCACCAAAGGCAAAGAGAGAGACUGUUUGAAGAAUGGCCUUGGGGCCAACAGGCAUCUCAUUCUCAAUGGUCAACAUGGCCGUUAGGUUGAAGUCCAUGCAGCUACCGGGUCACAGUGUCCUCUAAGGGCUGCUGGAAGCCAGAGUUGCUUCCCCUUCCACAGCUGUGGCCUACAGGAGCCACAGGGACCCCAGAUUCUGCCCUUUCCUCUUUUCAACCACUACCUUCCUCUCCCCCUGAGAUGUAUUUAACAAAAUGUUGUUAAUUUGUGUUAAAAUGUUAAAUAUAGCAUCCCUAUGGAUUUUACUGCA